AUGUGGCAGACGCGCGGCUUGCUACUCGUUGCGGUGGUCGCCGCCGCCGCCCUCCCCGACGGAGCGUGGGGCGCCGCUGCCGGGCGGUGCACGACGUCCACGCCCGUCAAGACGUACGACAAGUGCAUCGCCCUGCCGACGCAGGGCGCCACGCUGGCGUGGACCUACGACGCGCGGAACGCGACGCUGGACGCCGCGUUCACGGGCUCCUUCAUCUCGCCGUCGGGCUGGGUGGCCUGGGGCGUGAACGCGGACGCGCCGGCGAUGACGGGGGCGCGCGUGCUCGCCGCCUUCUCCGACCCGUCCACGGGCGCGCUCCUGGCGCUGCCGUUCCUCCUCUCCCCCGACGUGAAGCUGCAGGCGUCGCCGCUCGUGUCCCGGCCGCUGGACAUCCCGCUGCUGGCGUCCUCCGCGUCGUUCGUCACCCCCGCGCUCACCGUCCGCGACGGCGCCAGGGUGACCGUGGCGGCCACCAUCCGGCUGUCCCCGAACCGCACCAGGGUGCACUUCGUGUGGAACCGGGGCCUGUACGUGCAGGGCUACUCCCCGACCAUCCACCCCAUGGACGCCUCCGACCUGGCGUCGCACGCCACCGUGGACAUCCUCACCACCGCCACCGAGGCGUCGCCCAUCGCCUCCACCGCGCUGCAGUGGCUGCACGGCUCCCUGAACGCGCUCUCGUGGGGGCUCCUCCUCCCCGUGGGCGCGGCGGUGGCGCGGUACCUGCGGCCGUGCGCGUCCACGGGGCCCGCGUGGUUCUACGCGCACGCGGCAAUGCAGGCGACGGGGUACACCCUGGGCGCCGCCGGCUUCGCGCUGGGCCUGGUCAUGGGCUCCGCGUCGCCCGGCGUCACGUACAAGCUGCACCGCGGGCUGGGCAUCGCGGCGGCCACGGCGGGGAGCCUGCAGACGCUGGCCAUGUUCUUCCGGCCCAAGACCACCAACAGGUACCGCAAGUACUGGAAGUCGUACCACCACCUGGUCGGGUACGGCUGCGUCGUCGUCGGGGUGGUCAACGUCUUCCAGGGCUUCGAGGUCAUGGGGCUCGGCGCCUCCUACUGGAAGCUCGGCUACUGCCUGGCGCUCGCCACGCUGAUGGGCGCCUGCGUCGCGCUGGAGGUGAACGCCUGGGUGGUCUUCUGCCGGAGGCAGCAGGAGGAGAAGCUCAUGAGGAGGGAGGUGGAGGACGUCGUCGUCAAGGACAGGGCAGCCGCCUUCUAG